AUGGCUCUCGCCCACCCCUUAUGGGCAUUACCCGAGGUCGUCCGGGAGGUUAUGAGACAGUCCGCCGACGAGCAAGAUACCCUCGCACAAUGCGCAAGAGUCUCUCGUGCCUUCUCUGAGCCUGCGCUUGAAGUACUGUGGGAAAAGCAGGAGGGCCUUGAAUUAUUCUUUCGUAUACUGUCCUCGUCCAUCAAGAUGGUGGACAUUGGCACUUUUGGAGACCGGCGCGUCAUCUCCUCUAAUCGCUUGGCCAAUAGCUUUUUUCUUUGUGCCGAUAUCAAGGAUGAAGAAUGGGUGCGCCUGCAGUACUACGCAAAUCUUGUCCGGGUCUUUAUGAGCCAGCAAGACUCAAUUGACGGACUCGUUGCUGCCGCACUCAUCCAAAAGCUCAACGGGCGCGCCCUCUUCCCUCGUCUGAAGUGUUUGAUUUGGCACCGACCCUUCGAUGCCGCGGCAUCCGCCCUCCUCGUUAUGUUUCUAUCACCCAUGCUGCGCACAGUCCACCUCAACAUCAUGGAGACUCGCCCUGUGGAACGUUGCACCUUGACAACCUAUCCUUCCGCGGCUGAAUACGCCUACAGCUCGGUGCUACGGACGAUACACUCUUGCGCUCCCAAGGCCGAAGAAAUCCUGCUGGUGGCGGGUGGAUAUUUCUGCACCGUUGACCGCUUGCGUGAAUUCCGCAACUUGCGUGUCCUCGCCCUACACAACGUCGUCUACCUUACCCCCGUCUUCGACGUUUGCAACACUCUUCCGUCGCUCUGGCACCUCGACAUUCACAUGGCCCUGCGUCACUUCCCCGACCCUGAACUCGACGAUCUGCCUUCGUCUCCCGUGGCAACGCUCUCCCCCCUCACUCUCCUCGAGCUCAGCGGCCCGCCGUUGAUGGUAGUUUCCGCUGUUGACGCACUGAACGCCCCCAACCUUCGUUCUCUCUCGCUCUCCUUUGUCGCCAACGCAGACGCCUGGAAGCGUUGUUCAGCGAGCGUCGUGUCGCGCUUCGGGGCCACGCUGCACAAUCUCGAGAUCUCGGUAGAGGGCGCCUUGCGCGACGUCCGCCCGGACGUGCCCUACUUGCUCCCCGAUUUCUUUGCCCCACUGUUCGCGCUCCGCGACCUGCGCAUGGUGGAGAUCCUCUCUCACUUCAACAGCCCGUUUGCGGUCCGCCCCCAGGAUCUGACGGAGCUCGCGACGGCGUGGCCGCAACUCUGCACGCUCGUGCUGCCCUCGGGGUUCGUAUUAAAGUUCGCGCCUCCGGACCCCGGCUUGCCCAUCACGGCGCUCGAGACGCUGGCGGCGACGUGUCCGCAUUUGGAGCUCCUCAUCGUCCCCCUCCCUCACCACGCUGCGCUGCUCGAGGAGGGCCGCGACGAGGCGCGGGUUCCCGCGAGUCAGAGCUCCCUGAAGGAGAUCCGUCUGCUCGGCGGCGAAUGGCCCCCCGAAGCGCACGAGCGGUGCAUGUCGUACGUGAAGAGACUGUUUCCGGAGGCGUGUUUGAUCCUGUUCGAUACGGAUUUCGAGGAUGACUGGUCCGAGCCUGAUGAAUGGGGAUAG